AAAUUCUUUAAAAAGAAAACAGUGUUCAGUGUGUUUUUGUGGGAAUUUCUGAACACUAAUACAAAAGUCACCCAGUUUUGUUAUCUUUGUCUUACAACUUAAUUUUUUAACACUUUCUCAUUCAUACUAAAUUAUUUUAACUUUUUUGGACUCUAUUACUGGAUGACGUUGAAUUAUAGGUUAUGAUUUGUUUUUGAAUAUUUCUUUCUUCGCUUCUCAAAAAAGUGUCUUAUAAUAAAUUAAAAUAAUGAGUGCGUGCACUGUCGAAGUUAUUAAAUUGAUUGGCAAAUACUUGAACACGCCUGUGGGAACAGUGUGUUACAAUACCGACAAGGUAUUGACGACGGUGUUAGACAAGCAGAAUGUGGAAGGGUUUGCGAGUAUCGUGUUACGGCUGGCAGCGAAGAGUGGGUCUCCAUGGAGUCAGGAGCAGGCACUGCUUAGCUACCAGUGGCUGGAGCACAUCGCCAUGUAUGCCAACCAAGCAGUAGCUAACCCUACUUGCUCUAAGAACUUUUUAGAAGAUAUCAAUAAGGCGUUAGAAAGAAAUACCUAUUUGGCAGGACAAUUUUUAACAGUAACUGAUGUAGCAGUGUAUUAUGUUCUAUAUCCUUUACUGGAGCGGUUAUCAGUGAUAGAGCGAGAAUCACUACUCCACCUGUGCAGAUGGUCUAAGCACAUACAGGCUCAACCUAAAGUGUGCGCAAGCAAGCCUCCGCUCCCUCUUAACACAUUAACUUUGUCAAUACUUGCUCCUGCUGCACACUGAUCUGACUGUCUAAACUCUCUUUUAAAUUGUGACUUUAGUUAAUACUGAUUGUCUUUAGAAACUUUCUUUAAGGAUGGCGCUGUGUGAAAGGUUUAAUGAAUAUGCUCAACAUUCAGAUAUUUUUACUAACAAUAGUAUGGAUUGUAAAUAAGGCUCAUCUUGUACUGUAUGUACCUUGUAACUGAUAUACAAAUUCAUAAUUAUUAAGAAGACCAACCCAAUGCACUUAUAUUCUUCUGGGUCAGAAUAGAACAUACUAUACUUUUCACCAACUGCAACAUCAAAUUUAAAUAAAUAUAUAUGUACCAGCAAGGUGUGCACAGCAACUGCGCCGCGAGAGGCGCGAAUUUUAUCGAGGGUUUCAACCAAUGGACAGACGUAACAAAUGCUAUCUACAUAAAUAAACAUUGUAUGGUUAUUUAGUCAAAGCCCUCGAUAUAAUUCGCGCCGCGGCGCGGUUCCUGUACACACCCCGCAGUUAAAUUAUUGUAAUAAUAUUGUUAUAAAGAAUGAAGUGGGUUGCUAUACAGUAUUAUCUGAAAUGAAUCUAAAAGAGAGCAUGAGAGUGUAUGUCGCUUAUCUAUGCAAUAUGUUGUGUUGUACAACAAAUCCAAUCAGCAUCUUGAAGUCACAGAUGACGCUAAUUUAUUUAUUUAAGACUGCAAUAUAUGUAAGAUAAGAAAGCACAA